GAGUCACGUCAUAUCAGCAUGGAAUCUGGCCUCAUUCGACAGAUAUCACAGUGGGUAUAAGAGCUGUGGCCUUGCCCUUGUCCACCCGAUAGUGGAUUUAGCCUGCGACCGACUUCACCGUCAGACCACACUAAGCUCAUCGGAGGAGAGAUCAGCGAUGGCGUUCCAGUCUAAUGUGAUAAACUUGCAGCCUCAGGGCACACAGUACACGGUGUCCUCCGGAUUAUCAGAUUGGAGUUCAAAUGUGUGCGACUGCUGCGACGACUGUGGAAUCUGUCUUUGUGCAACAUUCAUCCCGUGUAUCCUCGGCUGUAAAGUGGCUCAGGACAAUGGGGACAGCUGCUGCGUGCCCUUCCUUCCCGGUGCCAUGAUUGCUCUAAGGACAAGCAUGCGUAGCAGAUACCACAUUCAAGGCUCGGUGUGUGAUGACUGGGUUGUCAUGGCCUGCCUGCCUCUGUGUGGACUGUGUCAAAUGGCACGGGAGCAGAAGAUGAGAGGAUAAAAAGAAAGGACGCUCAGCUGAAUUCCAAAUCACAAGCCGAGAGCACAAGCCGACAUUUCUUAAUUUCAAAUUCCAGUUUGCUUUAUUGGAAUACUUAUGUACGGUUUUUGCAAGGCAUUGUACAAAUAGAAAGUAUGUAGAGUAGAACAACGUUUACAGUGUAAGAAUAACAGCCAGAUAAUGAGUGAACUUCAAUUUUGUUUGACUAUUUUACUCAGUAUUUUUAUACUAUAUAUCUAAAAUACAUAUUUUAACAAAUCAGAGACUGCCAUUUUGAAUGUCCCUGUAUGCCAGUCUACGGAGUCUACACUGAACCUCGUCUUUCAUGCUAAGUUAAACAGCGACUCACUGUGUUGAAAUUGCAACAAACACAUGAAGAAGGAAAUGCUGAGAUUCACAGCAGAAAUGACUUCUCCCUUACAAUAACUCAACAAGUUAAUUGUGGUGAAUUUACCCAUAUUAUUAUUUUAAAUGUCAUUGUAACUGAAUACUGUUUUUUUGUGUGUGUUUGAAAUGCUAAUGCAUUCAAGCAACGGUAUUUCAAUAAAACGUUGUGGAAUUAUG